CUGCUGAACUUGCUCACUACCAUAGCCACUCACCAAUUACAUAAUCCACUCUAUCUAACCAAACUUAUCCAAAAAAGAAGUGACGACACACACACCAUGUCCAGCUUCACUCACGCCACCGCAUUCCUCCACGCCCACAUCAAAACCAAGCAAAAAACAACCACUCCGGCCGCCUCCACCACCAACAACAACCAAGCACCAUUUUAUGCUGAACAAAAAGAUAAUAAUGUGGCCACUAAUAAUAGCAGCAACAGUAGUAGUAGAAGAAAACUAAUGUCAACAUUUCUAACAACUUCGAUGGGAAUAGUCCUGGGCGGCACAACGACAAUGACACCACAGGCGGCGGCUCAGAAUUGGGGGACUCGUUCGUUCCUGAGGGAGCAUUUCUUUGAGGCGGGGCUGUCUCCGGAGGACGCAGUGGCGAGGAUAAAGCAAACGGCGGAGGGGCUACAUGAUAUGAGGGAGAUGCUGGAAACAAUGUCGUGGAGGUAUGUGAUGUUCUACAUAAGGCUGAAGCAGGCUUAUCUUGAUCAAGAUUUGAAGACUGCAAUGUCCACUUUGCCAGACAACCGCCGCAAUGAUUACAUCAAAAUUGCCAAUGAAUUGGUAGAUCACAUGACCGAUUUUGACAGGUAUGUUCGGACACCAAAGGUAUAUGAAUCUUACCUAUACUACGAGAAGACCUUGAAAUCAAUAGAUCAACUUGUCGCUAUCUUAGCAUAACAGCGGCAGGGUAUAUUUGCACACAAAAUAUCAAGUAUAUGUUUAUGUACACACGUGUGUCGUUAGAAUAUGAAACCUUUCUCUUUUUUUUUGGUUCGGAAUUAGAAUCUGAAAGUUGAAGUAUUUCAUGUUUAUUAACUUAGAAGGUAUUAUGAGAAACAGAAAGUGAACCAUAUUAUACAUAGAAGGAUACAUUGACUCAUAAAUGUACAA